AGCUGCUGCUUACGCUUACAUUUGUGGCAUGUCAUGCUCAAAACUUUAGAAUUGCCAGUGAAUAAAAGUGCACUGAAAUGAAAAAAGCAAACGCAAUGAUUCCAAUUAGACGCAGUGAACGUUUGAUUAGACGCCAGGCGACUGCUGCAGCUCCGGAAGAAGCGCAGCAAGCGCCACAGCCGCAAGCUAUAGCCACCCCAGAAGUGCAGCCACAAGCUAUAGCCACCCCAGAAGUGCAGCCACAAGCUAUAGCCACCCCAGCAGUGUUGCCACAGCCUCAAGCUGUAGCCAACCCACAAGUGAUCCCAUCAGUUUUAUUGGCAAAUGAUUUGGCCACCUCACAAGUCGCUUAUAUGCCACAGCCACAGCUGAGCCCCAGCACCGAGGAUGUCAACUUUCCCAACAUAGCUGUGCAACGCUUGAAGAAGGAACUGAGGGACAUCAAACGCGACAAAUUGGAAGGCGUACACGUGCAACUGAUUGGCAAUGCUUUGUUCGAUUGGCUGAUUACGUUCCGUGGGCCCAGGGAUACGCCCUAUGAGAACGGCUGCUUCCAGCUGGAGAUCACGUUCAACCACGGCUAUCCAUUCCAUCCGCCCAAAGUCAAAUUUCUCACUCACAUCUUCCACUGCAAUAUCUACAAUGGCAGAAUUUGCGUGGAUUUUCUCGGGCAGAAGUGGUCGCCAGUGAUGCCGGUGGGCAAGCUGGUGCUCUCCAUCUUGCUGCUGCUGAUGGAGCCGAAUCCGCAGAGUCCGCUCAAUCUCUCGGCCGCCACGCUCUAUAAGAGCAAUCGAGCUGCACAUGAUGCAAAGGCACGCGAAUGGACCAAUCGCUUCGCCAAGGCCAGGACUAUGGAGCAGCUGGUGGCUGCGCGUGAGGGGCCGCAGCUGCAGUUGGAUAUGUCGCAACAUUAUUUCACUUGAUUUCUAUUUCUAUUUUGUUGUAAAUUGCGCAACGAUAGCGAAUAAAGCUGCAAAUCAAUCAGA